AUGAUCUCUCAUCUCUCCACGAUAAUCCUCACUAUUGCUCCCUACUGCUGGGCAGCACAGCCAGGAAGUGCGAGCCCGGUGCCGGCAAAGAUUAGGGACUUGCAAUGGGGGAAGCUGAAUUUCUUACACACGACCGACACCCACGGGUGGUUAGGCGGUCAUCUACAAGAACCGUCAUAUAGUGCUGACUGGGGAGACUAUGUCUCGUUUGUGACCCAUAUGCGUAACAAGGCUGAAGCCGAGGAUAGAGAUCUCCUGGUGGUUGACACUGGAGACCGUGUCGAAGGCAAUGGCCUCUACGAUGCCUCAGACCCAAAGGGCCAAUACCUGUACGACAUUCUAAAACAGCAGCAGAUUGAUGUCAUGUCGUCGGGAAACCAUGAGCUGUAUAAACAAAAUACUUCAGAAGCAGAAUUUCUGAAAACCGUGCCAAGCUUCCAAGACAGCUAUAUAGCAUCCAACAUCGACAUAAUAGACCCUCAGUCAGGAGACCUUGUGCCGCUGGGUCCGCGCUUCAAGAAAUUCACGACCAAGAAGCAAGGCAUUAAGAUUGUGGCGUUUGGGUUUCUAUUUGACUUCACUGGGAACUACAACAACACCAAAGUACAACUGGUUGAAGACACAGUUCGCGAGGCUUGGUUCCAAGAAGCCAUCCGCGAUCAGGACGUCGAUCUUUUCCUCGUUGUUGGACAUGUUCCGGUCAGAUCCAAAGAGUAUGAGGCCGUCUAUAAAGCUAUUAGAAAUGUGCAUCAGGAAAUCCCCAUACAAUUUUUUGGUGGCCACCUGCACAUUCGCGAUUACGCACGAUAUGACGUCAAAUCUUCAGGCCUAGCCAGUGGCCGCUUCAUGGAGACUGUCGGUUUCCUGUCCAUUGAUGACGUGAAAAGCAGCACCCCAGUCUACACCCGGCGAUAUAUCGAUAAUAAUCUAUUCUCUUUCUACCACCACACCGGGCUUGAUGAGACUUCUUUUACAACGGACCACGGAAAGAAUACAUCCCACAUGAUACAAGAAGCCAGACAUGCUCUCGACCUAGACUAUGUUCACGGAUGCGCGCCCAAGGAUCUAUGGGUGAACCGCGCCCCAUAUCCAUCUGCCGAUAGCGUUUAUUCAUGGCUGGAGACCGAAGUCUUCCCUGGCUCUCUCCGAGAUGCGUCGCGUAGCAAUGUCUCUGCACUCGCAAUUGUCAACACGGGUGCCAUCAGGUUUGAUAUUUUCCAAGGGCCAUUCACGCAAGACACAACUUUUAUCGUAUCGCCCUUUACCAGCGGAUUCAGGUACAUUAAAGACGUUCCGCUUAGUACGGCAAAAAGAAUUGCGUGGCUUUUGAAUCUGCAGACCAAAAUCAUGACCCAAUCUACAGAAUCUCGUGUCUAUUGCCCGCUGGCUCCACCAGAGCAAUGCGCCUACGACUUAGGCAUGACGGUCGGAAACGGCAGAUCGGCACGUCUUGAAUCAAGAAAUUGGGGUGGUCAAAUAGUACUCUCCUCAGACGAGGAUACAUCCCCUAAAGUACUCCCUGGGUACACAACCGUUGACGACGCAGGACACGAUGGUGAUGACACAGUUCACUCCCCCAUCUUAUUUUAUCAGGUUCCAAACGUCAUCCAAGCACUUAUCGAGCCAAGUACGUCCAACUUGGAAGAGGACACGACGGCAGGUUCAUCAACAGUGGACUUGGUAUAUGUCGACUUUAUUGAGCCAUACAUCUCCUUGGCAGCAAAGUUUGCUGGCCUUCAUGUUGAUCUUCCUCGUGAUUCAGAUGUCUACAUGAGCGGGACGAGCAUGACUGAGCUGAUCUUGGGCUGGAUUAAAGAGAAUUGGCAGUGUGAUGAAACGACGUUUUAG